AUGUCGACGUCAAGUCGACGUCGUUCUCGCCUUGCAUCGUCUUUACGACUUCGUUUGGUUUUCAUCGAGCGCAGAGGUCAUCUGAAAUCUUUUGACUUCCAAAUGUUCAAUGUAGCACAGGCAAUAGUAGUCGCCCUCGCGAGCGCAUACGACCCCAGACUUCCGCCGAUAGAGAUGAUUGAGAGAUGUGACGUGCCUGUGGAACAUGUCGUCAUCUUGCUCAUACCUCACAGCACUCAAAACCGAACUGAGUCCUAUAUACUCCAUCUGAGUAUGAUCCGCAAAGAAGAAUUCAUGUCAAACCGCACUUCCGGAAGCUGGACAUCCACAAACCAGACGUUUUCGGUUGCUACAGAUUGCCUUCAACUGGCCGCAUCAGCUGCCCCAAGAGCUAUCCUUUCGGAAUUCACCAUCGUUCUGGUAUCGGUCGAGGUCGGGUUCUGGGAAAUUAGUGGGAACGGACACAACGGGAAGCGAUGGAGGAAGUCUACAGGGAGCGACAACUCACAAGAGGUGCUCACAUACCUGAAGACGCAUAACUGCGGCAAAGGAUGGGCCAAGUUGAUGGUGACUGAAUACAACGGUCACAAUCAGUCCGAGUACUUGUACUCGUCGACUACUGCUACUGAUUCACCCGGAGUAGAGUCAUGA